AAGUCAAGCGUAGUGCUGUAUAAUUUAUGAAAAUUGUAUUUAUUAAAGUUUUUGUGAAAGAAAAGGUACGUGAAAAAGAGAGGCACUCGGAUUGAAUUGAUGAUCCUCCCCGUUAGAUAGUGGGUCAUGUUCCUGCAGAUUUAGUUCAACAGAAUAAUCAAUUAUUCUUUGCUAGAGAAUCGAACAAAAAUCAGAAUUGGGAAAGAGAUCAUAAAGUGAUAUUUAGGGUUAAACCAUGUAUGGACCAAGAAGAUAAAGAUUGAGUUAAUAUUCACACAUUCCUAAGUUGGAAUUACAAAUGAGAUUCAGACGAGCCUGGAUUGAUGACAGCGAUGAGCAAUUAAUUCAUACUGAAUGCUUAACUGUGCACUUUAAGUGCCAUUAACAACCCACAAGCCAAAUUCCACUAUUCACUUCUCUCUCUCUCUCUCUCACACACACACACACACACACCCACACGCUCCCUCCCCCUCCCUCUCUCUCUCUCUCUCUGUGUGUGUUUUGCCAUGGCCAAAUCACCAGAAGAAGAACACCCACAAAAGUCCUUUGGUUGGGCUGCAAGAGAGAGCUCUGGGAUCCUUUCCCCCUUCAAUUUCUCUCGCAGAGAAAAUGGCGACGACGAUGUAACAGUCAAAGUUCUUUACUGUGGGGUCUGCCACUCUGACUUGCAUUCUAUAAAAAAUGACUGGGGGUUCACAAUGUACCCAAUUGUUCCCGGGCAUGAAAUUGUAGGUGUUGUGACCAAAGCCGGGGAAAAAGUAGAGAAAUUCAAAGUUGGUGACAGAGUUGGGGUUGGGGUCAUAGUGGGCUCCUGCAGGACAUGUGAGAGCUGCCAAAAAGACAUGGAGAAUCAUUGUCGGAAAAGAAUAUUUACUUAUGGAUCCAUUUAUCAUGAUGGAACAAAAACCUAUGGUGGUUAUUCUGAUAUGGUGAUUGUUGACCAACGCUAUGUGUUUCGCUUUCCUGAUAACCUACCCUCCGAUGCGGGUGCGCCCCUACUAUGCGCUGGGAUAACGAUAUACAGUCCAAUGAAAUACUAUCGAAUGACUGAGCCAGGCAAGCAUCUGGGUGUGGUGGGGCUGGGUGGUCUUGGUCAUGUUGCUGUGAAGUUUGGGAAGGCCUUUGGGUUGAGAGUUACAGUAAUUAGUACCUCCCGGGAGAAGGAGGCUGAAGCCAUUGAAAAACUUGGUGCUUUUUCUUUCCUUGUUAGCACUGAUCCUAAAGAAAUGAAGGACCAGAGCUUGGGGAAGACGAUUGGCAGUGCUAGAGAUGAUAGAUGGUCUCUACUAUUUUGAAGAUGAUAUUUCAAGUAAUAAAAAGGCUCAAGGUCUGAGUAGUUUUCGUUCUAUCCAUGUUAGAGAACAAAUAAUGCUAUAGCAUUUUAGACUAGGGCAUCCUAGUUUCCCUUAUCUUAAAUUUUUUUUUUCCUACUUUGUUUAAAGGAUUGGAUUGUUCAUCUUUUUAUUGUGAGAAUUGUUUUUUAUCAAAGAGUCAUCGUACUACGUAUUCUCCCAAACCUUACCAAACAUCAAAACCAUUUUAUUCAAUCCAUGGCGAUGUUUGGGGCCCUUCUAGGAUCACAACUCUUUCUCGAAAAAAAUGGUUUGUGACUUUUAUUGAUGAUCAUGCACGUUUGUGUUGGGUGUAUUUAAUGAAUGAAAAAUCUGAGGUUGAAAAAUUAUUCAAGGAUUUUUAUAUGAUGAUUGAAAAUCAAUUUCAAACAAAAAUUGGCAUUCUUCAUACUGAUAACGGCACCGAUUACUUUAAUGAAGUUUUAGGAAGUUUUUUAACAGAAAAAAGAAUUUUUCACCAAUUCACUUGUGUUGACACGCCCCAACAAAACGGAAUUGCUGAAAGAAAGAAUAAACAUUUACUUGAUGUUUCUCGUGCCAUCAUGUUUUCAAUGAAUGUUCCCAAGUAUUUGUGGGGUGAAGCCGUUUUAAUAGCAACAUAUUUGAUUAACAGGAUGCCUACUCGUGUUCUUAACUAUUUUACACCCCUUGAAAACCUUAAAAAAUCUUUUCCUGAAACUCAGAUUUAUUCCAACCUGCCUUUGAAAGUAUUUGGGUGCACUGUCUUUGUCCAUUUACCUAGUAGACUUCGGUCUAAAUUGGAUUCUCGGGCUGAAAAAUGUGUAUUUGUUGGGUAUGUCCCGAAUAAAAAGGGGUACAAAUGCUUCAAUCCGAAAACAAAAAAAAUGUUUAUCAGUAUGGAUGUCUUUUUUCUAGAAAAUCAUCCUUAAUUUCAGAAAACUUUUCUUCAGGGGGAGAAAGAGAGAGAAGAAAAUUUUUAGGAGAUUUUUACUAAUAUUCCCUUACCUAAAACUAUUGUCUCACACUCUAUUACUCCGAACAUUGAUCGUUUUAAACAAGGAAAUGAUGUUCUAUAAUCAGGAAACCCGGGGCCUCCUAGUCCUAAUCUGCCGAGCCUUACUGUAUCUCUAACAGGGGGAGAAAUCCUACCAAUGGUUCCAAAAAAACCGAAUCCUGAGCUUCUGGUUUAUAACAGGAAAAAGACUCAUCAAAAGAGUAGAGAGCCUACUAUUGUACCUGAGCAAGGCCAAUCAGAGGUCCCGAGCAAUGACUCCUUGAACACUCAAGGUACUCUAAAUCCUAACUUGUCUUCAGUUGUCCCUACUAUUUCUAAUCGUACAGAGUCACCUAGCCAAGUUUCUGUAGACCUUGAUAUCCCUAUAGCUGUUAGAAAAGGAAUCCGAACCUAUACCCAGCAUCCCAUUGCAAAUACUUGUCUUAUGAUAAACUUUCCAAUAAACAUAGGGUCUUUACUUCAAAUAUUUCUCACUUGUUUGUUCCAAGAAACAUUUAGGAAGCACUAGAUGAUCCGAAUUGGAAAUCUGCAGUGUUAGAGGAGAUGAAUGCUCUUAAAAGGGGUGGAACGUGGGAGAUAGUUGACUUGCCCAAAGGAAAGAAAACUGUUGGGUGUAAAUGAGUUUUCACUAUUAAGUGUAAAGCUGAUGGUAGUGUGGAAAGGUACAAGGCAAGACUUGUGGCGAAAGGUUUUACGCAAACGUACGGCAUUGAUUACCAAGAGACGUUUGCUCCUGUAGCAAAAAUAAAUUCUAUCCGAGUCUUAUUGUAGUUGGCAGUUAAUUCUAACUGGCCAUUACAUCAGUUGGACAUAAAAAAUGCCUUUUUAAAUGGAGACUUGGAAGAAGAAGUGUUUAUGAGCUUGCCACUUGGGUUCGAAGGAAAACACGGUCAGAGCAAAGUCUGUAAACUCAAAAAAUCUCUGUACGGUUUGAAAUAGUCUCCAAGAGCGUGGUUUGAACGCUUUGAAAACGCUGUGAAGAGUCAUGGGUAUCAUCAGAGUCGGGCAGACCAUACCAUAUUCUACAAACACAGUGAGGAAGGGAAAAUUGCCGUUUUAAUUGUGUAUGUGGAUGAUAUAAUUUUGACAGGUGAUGACAUUGAAGAGUUGACUAGACUGAAGAUGAACUUGCUAAAGAUUUUGAAGUUAAAGAUCUGGGAGCAUUAAAAUACUUCCUUAGAAUGGAAUUUGCAAGGUCAAGAGAAGGAAUUUUCGUGAAUAAAUGAAAAUAUGUACUUGAUUUGCUUAAUGAGACAGGACUACUCGAGUGUAAAGCUGCUGACACUCCAAUUGAAGUCAACCUGAAGUUAGAAGCUGCCGAACCCGAGAAUAUGGUUGAUCGUGAAAGAUAUCAGAGAUUGGUGGGAAGACUAAUUUACUUAUCUCACACACACCCAAAUAUAGCAUUUGCAGUCAGUAUAGUGAGUCAGUUCAUGCACUGGAACACUUUGAAGCAGUGUACAAGAUUCUGAGGUACUUAAAGGGCUCACUAGGUAAAGGACUUAUGUUCAAGAAACAAGGUCAUUUGCAAGUGGAGGUGUACAUAGAUGCUGAUUGGGCAGGCAGUAUAGUUGAUAGACAAUCUACCUCAGGAUAUUGCACCUUCGUUGGAGGAAACUUGGUCACGUGGCGAAGCAAGAAACAAAAUGUAGUAGCGAGGAGUAGUGUAGAAGCCGAGUUCAGAGCACUCGCCCAUGGGAUUUGCGAAGCUAUGUGGUUAAAAAGACUCCUUGAAGAUUUGAAGGUUACUGUUUCUCCUCCAAUUAGAGUCUACUGUGACAACAAGGCUGCCAUUUCAAUUGCUCAUAAUCCAGUCCUCCACGACAAAACCAAACAUGUGGAAGUUGACAAACACUUUAUCAAGGAAAAGCUUGAUUGUGGUAUGAUUUGCAUUCCUUAUGUCUCUACUACUGAACAAGCUGCAGACUUCCUUACCAAAGGACUACACAAGAGACUGUUUGAAGUUUUAAGAAGCAAGCUAGCUAUUGAGGACAUCUACAAGCCAGCUUGAGGGGGAGUGUUGAAAAAGAGAUAUUCGGUUUUAAUAAGACCAGAUUUUAGGGGAUAUGAUAGGCGUGUAAAUAUAGAUAGUCAACGACUAAGAUUAGGAAAUUCUGUUAGUGUACAACCUGUAGUUACAGCCUGUAGUCAUAGCCAGUGGUUUCCUUUUUUUAGGUUCUUGUAUUUCCUAUUUAACUAAAGCAUUGUAAACCAUUAUUUAUACGGCAAUAUACAGAAUCUUUUCAAUCUUUUCAAUCGCCUAUUCUAUACAACACACACACACACAUCUCUUCACCUUCUUCCUCUCUCUCUCUCUACACUUUGAGAGAGAGGUCCAUUGAUCAUCAAAAGCUUGAAGAAUGGAGCAAGAAGCACAACCAAAGGAGAAAACUCAAGCAA